AUGGCUUACUCAGAAAUUAAUGAUAUUUUAAUUACAGAAGGACGAAGUUUAGCAGAUUUUCCAACAAUGGAACAAAAUGUUAUGGAUGCUAUAGUCCACGACAAUAAUCAUGAUGAAGAUAAUAAUCACUUAGAAAUUGGCAAUCGACAAUAUCAAAUGUUAAAUCCAGAACAAAAACAAAUAGUUGAUGAAGUUCUUAUUGCUUCACGUUCAAGUAAUUAUACUGCAUCGAAUAACUUUUAUAUAGAUGGUCAAGGAGGCUCUGGAAAAACUUUUCUUUACACAACCAUUUAUCAUCUUUUAAUGUCAGAAAACAUCAAAUGCUCUACAAUGGCUUUUACUGGUAUUGCUGCUACUUUGUUGCCAAACGGAAAAACAGUACAUAAAACUUUUGGUUUACCAGUUCCUAUGUUUAAUGAUUCGUUUUCAAAUAUUAAAAUACAAUCAAAGGAAGGUAUACUUUUAAAAGAAACUAAAGUAUUCAUUUGGGACGAGGCACCAAUGGCUCCGAGAUAUGCUUUGGAAAUUGUAAAUAGAACUUUGAAAUAUAUCAUGAAUAAUGAUCUACCGUUCGGAGGCAAAAUACUGGUUUUAGGUGGUGAUUUCAGGCAGCUAUUGCCAAUUAAAGUAAAAGGAACACGUGAUGAAAUAUUAAAUUUAUCUAUAAAAAACAGUCAUUUAUGGACACAUUUUGUAAAAUACCAAUUACACACAAAUAUGAGAGUUUUACCGCAAGAAAUUGAAUUUGCUAAAUAUUUAUUGGAUGUCGGAAAUGGAACAUUAAAUGAUCAGGAUAACAAUAUAGAAUUACCACAACAUUGCAUACUUCCCGCGAAUGAAUGUAUUGUUCAAAACAUUUUUGGUACAUUUAUCACAAAUAAAAAAUUUGAUGAAAUAAGUAAUUGUGCUAUUCUUUCUGCCAGGAAUGCUGACGUAGAUGACAUGAAUGACAGAAUUACUAAUUUAUUGGAUAAAAACAGUGAGCAUAUAUAUACUGGUAUUGAUAGCACGGAGAAUUGUGAUAAUGGUGAAAUGGGAGAUAUUCUUUUACCAGAGUAUCUUAAUUCAUUAAAUCCACCAAUCUUCCCUCCUCAUAUAUUGCGUUUAAGACGAUUUUGCAUAGUUAUGUUAGUGAGAAAUAUAAGUCUCAGUGAAGAGUUGUGUAAUGGGACAAGAUUACAAAUAAUAGAUUUUUCUAAUCAUUUACUAAAAUGUAAAAUAUUAACGGGCGACAAACGCAAUAACAUUAUUUUUCUUAAUAGAAUUACAUUGUAUUGUGAAAAUCUAUAUCCAUUCACUUUCAAAAGAAGACAAUUUCCGAUUCGGUUGGCUUUUGCUAUUACCAUAAAUAAAUCGCAAGGCCAAACUUUACAAAAAAUUGGCAUCGAUCUUCGAAGAGAUGUUUUUAAUCAUGGACAACUUUACGUUGCUAUGUCCCGAGUUAGAUCGUGGGAUUCAUUGAAAAUUUAUCUAGGAAACCAGAGGGAGACUUCAUUAGUUAAAAACUAUGUAUACACAGAAUUGUAUAGGUGA